GUUCUCUUGACAACACUGUCCUCACCUUAAUUAUAUUUUACAAACUUGAAUAUCAUAUUAAUAUUGAGAUUUAUUUGCUUUCAUAGGUUUUUAUUCUCCUCCAGACAAAAUGCUGCCCGCAACCUUCAAACUGUGUGCCGGCAUCUCCUACCGCCAUAUGAGAAACGUGAGAGGUCUGAGAAAGAACGCCAUAGUGGCUAUUCACCAUGAACUAGACCGACUUGUGGGUCCUGGCCAGAGUAAAUGGAUGAGCCAAGUGCGCAGACGAAGUUCCCUUCUCAGUUCUCCAAUUAGGGAGGACGGAUACAGUGAGGAGGAAUUGUCCUAUGUGAAGCAAGGUGAAAAUGCUCUGCAGAAGGCUAUCAGCAUCCUCGGUGAGCAGGAGGGCUGGACCGUUGAAACUGUUGCUGAAAAUGGAGACAAAGUCCUGAGCAAAGUGCUGCCCGACAUUGGGAAAGUGUUCCGGCUGGAAGUGAUGCUAGAGCAACAUCCAGACAGUCUUUAUGAGGAGCUGGUGGGAAACAUGGAGCAGAUGGGGGACUGGAACCCAAAUGUAAAGCAAGUCAAGAUCCUUCAAAGGAUCGGCCAGGACACGAUGGUGACUCAUGAAGUAUCUGGAGACACCCCCGGCAACGUUGUGGGGCCUCGAGACUUUGUCAGCGUUCGCUGUGCCAAACGCCGCGGCUCCUCCUGCUUCUUGGCUGGAAUGUCCACUCAGCACCCCAAGAUGCCUGAGCAGAGGGGUGUGGUCCGGGCGGAGAAUGGACCCACUUGUAUCGUCAUGAAGCCCAGCAUUGAAGACCCGACUAAAACCAAGUUCACCUGGUUACUCAACAUAGAUUUAAAGGGCUGGAUCCCAAAGACCAUCAUCAACAAAGUGCUCUCUCAGACACAGGUCGACUUUGCCAACCACCUCCGGCAAAGGAUGGCCGAUCACGUGUCCAUGGAGAUGGCUCACGUCUGCUGACACAACAUUCAUCAAUAAUAACAGAAGAAACAUAAACACUACAUGAUCAUCAUCAAAAUACAAAAUGGGACAUAAUAGGGAGAUUCAUUGAUUAGUCUGAGCAUACAUGUGUUUCCCUGACUUCACUGAGAUUUUGCAGCUCUUACACCAAUCAUGCAUUCUUUACAUUCGCAUUCAACCACUCUAAAGUACAAUAAACAAAUUGUUUUAAAGUGAUAUCACUUUGGAUAUCGCCCAUCGUGCUGCCAUGAAAUGUUAUAGUGGUUCUUUAUUUAUUGACAUUGUGCACUUGCCUUGCAUUAAAAUGGCUACCAUGUGAAUAAACAAUUUCAA